GGUGCCGGCCCGCCGCCGGAGGACGGCGACGCAGAGCUGAGCGACCAGGUGCGCCAGCUGCUAGCCUACAAGGCGGCCGUGGUAGCCGACGACGAUGCGGCCACCAGCUACUACGAGCAGUCUGACCCGUUCCAGUACAUGUACGGCUCGACGCGCACCGGCCGCUCAGAGUCGCUGUACGAGCCGCUGGCGCCGCCGCGGACCGAGGCCGAGCAGGAGGCGGGUGAGCCGCCGCCACUGCCGCCACGCCAGCAGCGCGCCGGUCCCAUGACGCCCGAGAGGCCGCCGGCCGGCGCCGCCGACCCCCCGGCCAGUCGCAUACAGGCGUACAGGCGGCGCCAGAUGUCGUCGGACGUCAUCUCGGCCGCCACUGGCAUCAGAGUACGAAAAACGAGCGGGCUUUCCUGUGAUAGUGACAUUGUCGCCUUUUGUGAUAUGAUAAGGGAACUUCGAGACCAGUACCCGGCGGACGACCGGGCCACCAACCCGGGUCUCAUCACCAGCGCCACCAUCGAGACCAGUCAGAAGCUGCACGCCACCGUCAAGCUGAUGAUCCACCACAGCUCGCGCACCUCGCCCGUCUGCUUCACCUGUGACAUUGGCAGCACGGUGGACCUGGUGAUCAUGCAGACGAUGUGCGCGCUGGAGCCGGGCCUGGACUCGACCGACCCGGCCGACUAUGUGCUGCGCGUGUGCGGGGCCGCCGAGUAUCUGACGAGCGACAGCGCCCUGCACGACUACCAGUACGUCCAGCGGUGCAUCAAGUACGAGGAGGACGUGCGGCUGACGCUGAUCCACACCGACAGACUCACCGUGCCACUGGAGCGCACCCGUGAGGAUGACAUGUCGGACCUUGACCUGCGGCCGGAGAAGCUGGUGCCCCCCUCCACGCUGGACCCAGUCACCUACGAGCAACUCAACAUACUGCUAGAGUGUGUGGAGCGGGAGUGUGAGCUGGUGCGCCGGGCUGCCUCGGAUCCGGAGCAGACGCCGCUCCGCUCCGACCGUCUGGGCCAGGCGGUGAAGGCUGUGUGCGUGCUGCUGGGGCAACUGCAGACGCCGGAGAUAGCAGAGGCCCUGGACCUGCUGACUAGCACCUGCCAGAAGAUCACUGAGGAGCAGGCGGCCGGCCGGCCAGACUUACGGCUGCAGCUGGCGCGCCAGCUAGGCCAGCUGCUGGACGCCGUCCGUCUACUGCUGGUCAUGUACUGCCAGGCCUUCCGCACCGACUUCGCGGUCGUCGCCGAGCCGGACGUCGCCGCCGCGGAGCGGCCGCUGACGGAGGUGCUGGACACGGUGCUGCUGCGCGUGUCGGCGCUUCACCGGCUGCGGCCCGACAGUCGGUACGAGCAGUACCUGGUGUCGGCGCAGCUGUACCACGGCUCGCGUGCUAUCUCCCAGCCGGUGCUCACUCGGCCGCUCCACCCCAGCAAGCACCUGUUCAAGUGGGUCGUCUUCAACGAGUGGCUGGAGUUCCUGGACGCGGCGCUGUGCUGUCUGCCGCGGGAGGCUCGGCUGGUGCUCACCGUCUGCGGCCUGCUGACCGAGCCGCCGGCCGACGCCCGGGACCAAGUGUGCAUGCGUCAAGAGGAGCUGGGCUGGGCCGCCCUGCAGAUGUUCGACUUCCAGGGGCUGCUGGCCGAGGGCGGGUUCGUGCUGCCGCUCUGGCCGCCUGAGGCGAUGAAGGAGCUGGGGCCGGCGCCGUUCCCAGGCACACACCCCAGCGCGGCCACAUGCGGCGCCAUCACUGUUGACCUGCCAUCAAUGGGGGCGCGGGUCCGGUUCCCGGCCGUGGAGAGCAUUCCGACCAGUUCGCGCAAGGAGUUCUCAUCGCUGGACGAGAGCACCCAGCUGCUGCUGCUCGACACCCUGGAGACGGACCUGUUCACGCUGGUGCCGGCGGACCGGCGCGAGAUCCUUUGGGACCGGCGCCACUACCUGUACGAGGAGCCGUCGGCGCUACCGCGCGUGCUGCUGGCCGCCCACAGCUGGGAGUGGGCCUGCCUGCCGGACCUGCACGCCAUGGUGGCCGGUUGGAGCCCGCUGCUGCCCGUGGACGCCAUCCAGCUGCUGCUGCCCAGCUUCCCGGACGUGGUGGUGCGUGGUCAGGCGGUGCGGUGGCUGCAGUCUAUCACCAGUGACGAGCUGGUGGACUACCUGCCGCAGCUGGUGCAGGCCGUCAAGCACGAGGCGUGGGAUCGCUCCGUGCUGGCCCGGUUCCUGAUGGAGCGGGCUCUGACGUCGCCGCGUGUGGCGCACCAUCUGUACUGGCUGCUGCACCUGUGCCUGCCAGCCGAUGGCGGUGAGGUGUCCGUCUCCGAGGCCCGCUACCUGCGCCGCCUGACUGUGCUGCAGCGCGCACUUAGCGCCAUCUGCGGACGCAACAUGCAGAAGCGCUUCCUCUCGCAGGAGGCGCUGCUCAGGGGCCUGUACGAGGCGGCCGAGCGUGUUAAGUGCAGUCGCGAGUCCCAGCGGCUGCGCGAGCUGACGAGCGCGCUCGAGCUACUGCACUUCUCUCUGGAGGCGGCGCCUACCUCGCUGCCACUGGACCCGGCGCUCGAGGUACGCGGCAUCGACGUGGCCACGUGCGACUACUACCCAUCAAACACGCUGCCGCUGCGCGUGCAGUUCCGCAGCGCCGAGGGCGACCACCGCCCGGUGCCGGUCAUCUACAAGGUGGGCGACGACCUGCGGCAGGACAUGCUCACCAUCCAGAUGAUCCGGAUUAUGGACAAGCUCUGGCUGAAGGAGGGGCUGGAUCUGCGCAUGGUCACCUUCAACUGCGUACCCACCGGCCACUGUCGAGGCAUGAUCGAGAUGGUGCAAAACGCUGAGACUCUGCGGAAGAUCCAGGGCGAGCAGGGGCUGGCGGGCGCGUUCAAGGACAUGGCCAUCGCCGAGUGGCUGGCCAAGCACAACCCGUCGGAGCUUGAGUACGAGCGGGCCGCGCAGAACUUCACGGCCUCGUGUGCCGGCUACUGUGUGGCCACUUACAUUCUGGGCAUCUGCGACCGGCAUAACGACAACAUCAUGCUGCGCUCCUCUGGUCACGUCUUCCACAUCGACUUCGGCAAGUUCCUGGGCGACGCGCAGCGGUUCGGCGCCUUCAAGAGGGACCGGGCGCCGUUCGUCCUCACCUCCGACAUGGCCUACGUCAUCAACCGGGGCGACAAGCCGUCUACAAGGUUCCAGCACUUCGUGGACCUCUGCUGCAGUGGCUUUAAUAUCCUCCGCCGGCACGGCAACAUUUUCCUCAACCUGUUCGCCCUGAUGACGUCGUCUGGCAUCCCCGGUGUGUCGCGGGACGCCAUCGACUACAUCCAGCGGGCGCUGCUGCCCAACAUGGUGGAGCACGAGGCGGCGGCCGUGUUCGCGCGCAUGAUCCAGGAGAGCCUCAAGUCGUGGUUCACGCCCGUCAACUUCUUCCUGCACAGCCUGGCGCAGCUCCGCUUCGCCGGCGAGCACAACGGCGACCAGCUGCUGAGCUUCGUCCCCAAGCGCUACACGGAGGCGAUGGACGGUCGCAUCAGCUCCGUCUCUGUGUACGGCUACCAGAAGCGCUACGAGCCGGAAAAGUGCUACGUCUACAUCCUUCGCGUGCAGCGCGAGAACAUGACCGACCCCGUCUAUCUAUUCCGCUCCUACAAGGAGUUCAUCGAGUUCGGCCAACGGCUGGCCAUCGCCUUCCCCCUGGUGGACUUCUACAGCCUGCCGAAGGGCGCCCGGCUGGGCCGCUCUCACAUCCAGCAAGUGGCCGAGUCCCGGCGGCGCAGCAUCGAGACGUUCCUGCGCACCCUGUGGCAGCUGGCCGACGAGGUGCGACACUCGGACAUCACGUACACCUUCCUGCACCCGCUGCUGCGCGACCAGCAGGAGGACAGCAUCCACACCAAGAAGCUCAAGGAGCCCAAGCCGGCGGUGACCCGUAGCGGCCUGCACUACAUCCGCGGUCAGCUGCAGCUCAGCUUCAGCUACCGGCGCAACACGUUCUCGGUCCUGGUUCACCAUGCGAAGGACCUGGUCACACCCGAUGGUCAGGAGCCCAACGCUUACGUCAAGAUCUACCUGCUGCCCGACCAAAACAAGGUCACCAAGCGCAAGACCAAGGUGGUGCGCAAGAACAGUCACCCCAGCUUCAUGGAGAACAUCGUGUACCGGAUGCCGCUGGCGGCGAUCGAGUGCCGGUCGCUGCAGGCGUCCAUCUGGCACCAAGACCACCUGCAGGAGAACGACUUCCUCGGCGCCGUGGUCGUCCGGUUGGCGGACUUCGACCUGAGCCAGGAGACGCGCCAGUGGUACAAUUUGACCAACUUCCACCGCUGACCGACGCCCGGCCGCCAGCGGCACUCGGAGGCUAGGGGCGCCAUCUCGCGGCCGCCGCUAACCGGCGCGUGUCCAGACGUCAGCAGCGCCCGGACGCCUUCUGGUUGGCGCGCGCCCGGCCGACAACAGUCCAGGGCGUGAUGCCUGGUCGGCUGAGAGUGACCUCUGGGGGAAAGAGCCGUGCGGGGGCGGCGGCAGGAUCGGCGGCCGCUGCUGACAGGGCUGGAGCGGCGGGACCGGCCCCGGGUGUCGCGCGAACACUGACCGCGUCUCGCCGCACCCAGGCUCGCCGCCAGAGAGGCUAGCGGCCCGGCGGCGCCGCGCGCUCUGGCGGCGCAGCGCGUGCUCGUCACCUGGGUCGGCUGACAGGGUGGCGCGUGAGGGAGUCACCGUGGAGACUGCUGGUCCGGCCUGGCGCGACCGGCCGACGGUGCUCCUGCCGGCACUGUCUGUGGGCAAGCACGCCCGGCUUUAUGGAAACGGCUGGGACACGGGCUGGUCUUGUGUUUACCCAGUCGCUGUGUGUUUGCGUGUCGCUUGUUGACUGUUUAUCGUGGAUGCACUGUACAUUCUCCAUCUAGUCUGGACGGCUUGUGCUGAGAGGUAAUUGACUUUGAUUGUCUCGUG